GUCAAUGUGCUUCUUUCUAAUUCGUUGUCGCGCGCGGUCUUAGAUUUUGUAGAUCGUGUGGGCUGUGUUGUUACACAAAAAUCUUAGUGCACUCAGGUCUUCUAAGUCUGAGUUAUCAAACACUUGAUGGAUAACAGUUUUCGGUCUUCAUGCUUCAGCAGACAGUUGUUCUUAAAGACAUUCGACAUGAAAUAAAACUGAAUGCGACGUCACCCACUUUCGAAACAGCUAAACUAGUUUAGUCUGUUUGAAAUAGUGCUCCCCGGAUACGGUAUAGUGGAUAAAAACAGUUAGUAUUUUGGUUAUUUACGCGGACUAGUUGCCCUGUCAUUUGUACUUAUGUAAAAGUACACAAUAUGGUAUCAACGGUAAAGCGACCAUUGGUUAGCUUUACUGUCAACUAACGUGCCUUUUUAAUUCGUGUUCUGUGCACAUAUAUCUACAUAAGUGAGAAUGUAUGUAUGAAUGAUAGGUGAGUCUGUAACGUCUGUUGUUUAGGCGACUGAAUCUAUUGCAUCAGACCGCUCUAGAUACGAAUGUGGGAAUGCAUUAUUUAUCUAGCUUAGUAAGUAGCAUUCUUUGCUUAUUUUCGAAUAAGGAGUCCAAAUUCAUAAGUCUAAGAUGGUAAUAUCUAGUGCUUCCGGUGGUAAUUUGUUCAUGCUUGGAUUGCUUAUAUUACGACUUGUUUUAAUAUAAAAUAUUCCUAUAGUUGUCUCUAUGCCGAUGUUCUAAUCCUUUCCACCUCACCUGCAUUAUAAGCCCCUUCUAUUUCACUGAAUCCAUUUACAUGGGGUUCGGUUUUAUCUCUGAAAUCUAUUCCAUGUUGGUCGUAUUAUAGAAAGUAAAAGAAAAUAUGCAAAAGCUACUCAGUUAAACGAAUCUUUAUUGGUUAGCUAAGUGUCAGCAAGUAUUAGAAUUGUCUAAAGAUAUCAAUCACUCUUUCACUGGUCUGAAUAUGUAUGCGUCACUACUGAGUGCUACAUCAGUGUAUUAGUCUUCUGAUUAAUACUCACUUCGUCUACGAAAUUUCUGGAAUGGUUUCGCAAAGCUUAGCCGGCUUAUUCAAGCUCCAAAGGGUGAACUGGAUUUCCAACUAUAACUACUUCACAUUGUAUUAUUUGUGACAUUUUAACUUUUAAGCAUUCGCAUGAAAUAACCGUUCCUUGGUACAUGUAUCUGGUCACUCGUGUUGUUAUAUUUGGCCUUUGGAUUUGAAUUCCAGCCAUUGUGAACAGUAGUGAACUAGGAACUUCCUAUUGUAACUUUCUGUUUUAUUAUUUGCAGCUUGUGAUAUUCUCACUUUUUGUAUAUAAAUGGAAAAUUCUGGGCUAGCUACACCAGUAAAAAUAUCUCCAUAUGGUGAUGAAUUUGGAAUAACUACUCCAUCAGGCGGUUUGAUUUUCAAUCCAUUUCACAAGGAGUUUCUUAAUCGUGUUGGACAAGUGAACUUCAGCCCUGGAAUAUUUGCCUAUAAUCCAAGUCCAAUAGGUAAAAGUGGUUCAAGGAGGAAUACUCCCAGUCGGAAAAAUGCACCUUUCAACUUAUCGCCUGACAUCCAAGGAGAUUUGUUUCCUGCAGAUAUAGAUGAGAAUCCAAUUUUGCAAUUGAAACUUCAAGAAAAGCUUGAUACACAAUGUGACGAUGAAAUUCAAAAUACAAUUCACAGCUUUUUCAAGAAUCACCUAAUCGCACCUAGUCCUGAUACUUUUGUUGACUCACCAUCAAAAUCCCAUACCAGCCUCCUUCCACGGACUUCAUCUCUUCUGCCAACAGCAACUCCUUUAGGAAAAAAGAAAAAGAAUUCUUACAUGCUAGAAAACAAUUCGAAUCCCAUGUGUGAAGUUGCUGUCCAGACAGCUAUCUCUAUGCCUCCAUCAUUCGAUUUUGAAUCGAUUAUGCGAAAUGUACUUGAACAAAAUCAUUCAACAACAGAUUCAGCCAAUCAGAAAUCUAUUAUCAAGUUGAAAAGAACAUCUACUGAAUUAGAAAGUCUAACUGAUAAUCAGUUACAUUCAGAUUUAAAAUCUGCACCAGUAAUAAGUAAUAUUUCCUUGUCAGCUUGUUCAGUACAUCGUCCAGUCAGUUCAAAUUCAAAUAAUGCUAAUAGCAAUAAUUCUGCAUCAAUACAGCGUAGAAAUUCUCGUCAUUGGCUUAGUCGACGUAGUCUCUUCUCUGAUUCAUCAGAGGCUAAUGAAGAGCAUGAUUAUGCAGUUUUGGAUGGCGAUGAAUUAAAUGAACAGCGUACACUUACAUCAUCCGACGAUUUAAGUAAUCGUUGUCAUCGAGCAGACUCUUCAUCUAUUCAACCAACAUGUUCCACAUAUUUGUCUUCUACGCAAAUGGAGAAUCCUUGUACAAAAUUCAGUGUUGAAAAAUUCUGUCCAAAUGAAACCAAUUGUUCAUUGAUUAAGGAAACAGCUGCAUUACAAAUGUGUUUGCCUGCCAGCUGGGCUGAUACUGGGAUUAGUGACGAUGAUGAUAAUGAUGACGAUGAUGAUAGCUGUGAUGGGGCUACACACAAUGAAGACGGUGUGUCAAAUGCAACGGAUCUAGAUAAUUCAGUCAAUAUGCGUACGCUGAAUGGAACAACAAUUGAACAUACCAAUAAAAAUGAUGCGUCAUAUAAUUCAUUAGAUGUUGUCAGUUGUGGAGGUUGUUAUUCUAGACCAAUGCAUUUAUCUAUUGAAUAUUGUUCAUCUCAAAUGAAUUCUCCAAAACAAUCUGAUCAACAUUUUCGUUGUGGUAGCACCAGUCCAGGUGUUUGUUACACUGAUAUCUCAUUUCAUAGUCCUGAUUUAUCUCCAAUCCUGCCUGCUGCUAGACAAAUCAAUAAUAAUUCUGUUGCUUUUCUUUUGAAUUCUGUUGAAGGCAAAAAUACUCCAGAUACCCAAUUGAAUGGACUUAGUGAUAGUAGUCAUGAGGUGCCUAUGCCUGCUAAAUGCUUAUUUCCAACAAAUUUGAAUAAAUCUAACUAACACUUUAUUACUAUUAUUUAUCAGUAAUAGUUUUUAUAUUAAUAUAUUUGUAUAUUUAAUAAUACGAACAUUUGAUUGUCAUUGGUUAUAUGUUUUUAUAAUUCCUCUCUUUUUUAAUUUCCUGAAGUCGAAAUUGUAAAUUACAGCUGUUUCAGAAAAUGCCUAAUGUAUUUAUUUGCCAAAUGUGUAUAAGGCAGAAUGGAAAAUAAAUAGGCGAGGACACUUUCACUUUGUCCUCGUCCACAUAACAAAUAAAUUUUAAACUCAUUUCUGAUUGAUUUGAAAAGUUUAUGUAGAUUUAAACUUGUAUACAUCUUGAAAAUUCUUUCCAAUGUUUACUAAUUACUUAUAGUCUACUUGUAUAUUUCACCACCUUAUUUUGUAAACAGACAAGACAAUUGAUGCUUGUUUGUGUGUGUGUGUGUGUGUGUGUAUGAGCACAUAUGAAUUGAUUGUAUCCAAAUAACUAACCGAAUAUGUUGUCUUUCUUCUUUUAAUGUCUCCAUUCUGAAUGCUUAUUAUUACUAUGUGCAAUUUAAUUAUAUUAUGUUUUUUAUACAACAACGGUUUCUUUCUCUCCCUCUCUCUGGAUUUGAUUUGGUACUUUUCAUUUAAGUGAUCAAUUGUCCUUAUUUCGGUUUUUGGUGUCAUCCAAAUCAGUUGCAAAUUGAAUCUGGCCUCCUGCACUUCCUGUUGUGGAUAGUCUACACCAACAUGCGUGCAUUACUAGUAAAAGCAUUUCGUUUUAUUGCAUAAAUUCAUAGUGAUUGAUGAUAACGUGUAGACAGACGUUUCUGUGUAUUGAAACUGAGUACAUAGUUGAUGAGCUCGUCGCUGAACGAGUGAAAUGGUUAUACAAUGUGUAUUCCAUAGUAAUUUGUUUAUUGGAUUUAUCACGCAAUGAAACAGUAUUAUUUACUCGACGUUUCGAACACUAUUUAUUGUUAAUAAUCCCAUAAAUUAUAACCACACAACUCCGAAACUUUCGUUUUAUAGUUUUCUUUAUUCUUUCCUAUUUGUCGUAGAGGUAGUAGAAUUCUCCAGAUGUCUG